AUGAUUGCAGUCGAUCUUAACCACCAGCAUGGCGAGGAGGACAAGCAAACCCCUCCCAUAGACGGUCAGUUUACCAGCCCCAGUGCCAACGGCAACGCUCGAGAAGGAUCAGUACCAGGAGACGAACCAGCCGAUCAUCCCGACGACGAAGACUAUGGAGAAGAGGUCGACCUACCUCCUCCUGAAGCGCGCAAGAAGAAAAAGAGAAAGAAGGCCAAGCCAAAGAGCCAGCGAGGUCUUGGCAAACCCACCGGAUUUGAAGACUUCUUCGCAGAUGCGCCAAUGACACCAGCUCAACACGCUGAAGAGCAGGAACUUUAUGACCCUGCUCUCCACUUUGUCGACCGCGUCCUCACUGCCAUUGCCCGCUUCGAGAGAACUCGCAAGCUUGUCUCCGAACGCCGCGAAAUCCUGUUCAAAUACCUGGCCUACGGUAGUAUCGAGACAGGUCCAAAUCAGUUUCAAGGCGGUCAGGAUACCGAAGGCAUGGACAAGACGCAGAUCGCCCAAACUCUCACACAGGCGCGCAUUCGCGACGACAAGCGUGAUCUUGGCACAGAAACAAGUCUCUACGAGGUUGAUUUCCAGGGUGUGAUGAAGGGCUUCCUGAGCCGCAGAGCUCAAGACAUAUACGGUUUCGAGACGAGGGAGCAAGUAUCAUUGGUGACGACCACCCUCGAACGUUUCAUGGACUACCUCCUCCAGCACGACGUCUGCCCAGAAUACCGGACCGACGUGCUGGCCACACGUAAUCUAUGUCGAGACGCGCAAAUCGAACUAUGGGAUGUGGCGGAAGCGACCCGUCGCCUUCCAGGUGAUUUCAACAUCGCGUGCUCAACCUUAUUCGGAGGGAGCUAUGCCCAAGGCUACGAUGGCGAAGCAUCUUGGAGACCUGAGAGCGAGGCGCAAGCCUUUGUAGGCAUGAAGCCAGAAGAGGCGCGUCAAGUCAUCCACUUUGGUGUCGCAGGCGCAGCAAGCGAGGACGUCUACCAGACAUAUCUGCACGCCGUCCACGGUGACGGUGCGUUGGAAGUGCUCUCGGUAUGGGAACACGUUGGUUUCGAGAUCACCAGAAUCGUACCGCCCACCGAGGAAUGCAAGCAGCUGUACACAACAUCUUCCCAGCACUUCCGACCAGUCGGCUGCGUCUACGCCAAACCAUGGAACAAUCCCGAUGCACCACCCGAAGACCUCACCGAGGAUGAAAAGCAGGCUGUGAGUUUGCCAUCCACGCCCGAUGAGACGGAGUACGUUUUCUUCAUCGAGUCGAUUUUGCAGUCCUACCUGCGCAUCGGCAUGAAGGUAGAAGCCACCAUCCGUGUGCUGAAUUGUGGCAUCAUGUUCUUCGACGAGGUGCUUAAUGUGUUCCCGACGUUCGAUGAAUAUGUUGUCAAUGACAUGAUGCUAGGAUGGAAAGAGCCAAGACCUUUGAAAGGUGCACUCGACUACGUGGAGAGCGAAGAUGAUGACGAAGGCGACGAGGUUCACAGUGAUCAAGCAGAAGAUGAAGGACCUGCCGAAGAAGUGACCCCCAAGCAGAACGGCCACGGAGAUGAGUUAUCGUGA